CUAGUUGUUUUAGCUAGACGAUGACACGCAUUCUCGUUCUAAUUUUUUUCUUUUUAAAAUGCGUUUCAUUGCAAACAUUACUUCCUUUAUUGUAUGCUAACGCUGGCAUGUUCAACCCAUAUAAUCAGUAUAAAACAACAACUAUGGCACCAUCAAUGUAUCACCAACAUUAUCAGGGAUUGGGAUGGAGAACUAAUGACGUUGGAGACAUUUAUCACAAUCACAAUCCGUAUUCUUCUUUCUUUGUACUACAGAAAUCAACUUAUCCGUGAAUUUGAAAUAAAAAAAAAUUACCAAAA